AGGGGCCGCCCCGCUGGCCCUGGGCAUUGCCCCGCAGCUGGACCAAGAUGGCGGCGCCGCUCGCCGCGCUCGUGCUCCUGCUCGCCCUCGGCCGCCCGGCGCUCUCCGGUGCGCAGGCCACGGAGGGUGCGGCGGCUGCGCCGCAUCGACGCUUCGAGUACAAAUACAGCUUCAAGGGGCCGCACCUGGUGCAGGCGGAUGGCACGGUGCCUUUCUGGGUGCACACGGGCAAUGCUAUUCCAAGCGCAGAUCAGAUCCGUAUAACAACCUCUUUGAAAAGCCAGAAGGGCUCAGUGUGGACAAAAAACAAAUCAAUAUUUGAAUAUUGGGAAGUGGAAGUGACCUUUCGAGUUACAGGAAGAGGCCGCAUUGGAGCUGAUGGAUUGGCAGUGUGGUUUACAGAAGAGCAAGGCUUGGACGGGCCUGUUUUUGGGGCAGCUGAUAAAUGGAAUGGUGUUGGAAUUUUCUUUGAUUCGUUUGACAAUGAUGGAAAGAAAAACAAUCCCGGAGUGAUUGUUGUAGGCAACAAUGGAAAGUUGCUGUAUGACCAUCAGAACGAUGGAUCCACACAAGCACUGGCAUCCUGUCAGAGGGACUUUCGGAACAAGCCCUAUCCUGUGCGAGUCAAGAUCACAUACUACCAAAAAACACUGAUGGUAUUAAUUAAUAAUGGCUUUACUCCAGAUAAAGAGGACUAUGAAUUUUGUGCCAAAGUGGAAGAUAUGGUGUUGCCAUCACAAGGGUACUUUGGAAUAUCUGCAGCCACAGGGGGACUUGCAGAUGACCAUGAUGUGCUGUCAUUUCUGACCUUCCAGCUGACUGAACCUGGGAAGGAAACACCAACACCAGAUGCAGAAAUCCCUCAGAAAGAUAAAGAGAAGUAUCAAGAAGAGUUUGAACACUUUCAGCAAGAAUUGGAUAAGAAGAAGGAAGAAUUUCAAAGGGAACAUCCUGAUGUGCAAGGACAGCCAGCAGAUGAUGCUUUUGAAACUGUGAGUGAUCGUGAACUGAGGCAAAUCUUUGAGGGGCAGAAUCGAAUUCAUCUGGAAAUCAAACAGCUUAACAGACAACUGGACAUGAUUCUGGAUGAGCAGAGGAAAUAUGUCUCUGCAGUCACAGAGGAGAUUGCCAAAAGAGGAGCUGGGUUUCCAGAUCAGCAGGGACAGGUUUCCCAGCAAGAGAUAGAGACAGUUGUGAAAACCCAAGAAGAGGUCAUUAGACAAGUAAAGGAAAUAAGAAGUUCUGUGACUGAUGCUCUGAGAUCCAUCAGUGGGGCUCAACACCCUGGCUCUGCGGGAGUCUAUGAAACAACACAGCACUUCAAUGACAUCAAAGAACACCUUCACAUAGUGAAAAGGGACAUAGAGCAUUUAGUGCAACGCAACACGCCAUCCACUGAGAAACAAAAGUGUCCAGAGUUGCCACCGUUUCCAUCCUGCUUAUCUACAGUGCAUUUCUUCAUAUUUGUGGCAGUGCAAACUGUGUUAUUCAUUGGUUAUGUAAUGUAUAGGAGCCAACAAGAAGCAGCAGCCAAAAAGUUCUUUUGAUGACCUGUUCUGUUUGUGUGUACAUAACAGCAGUCUGUAUGCACAGAAAAUUCUACACUUCUGUAAAUGAGGGAAAUUUUAGUGUUGGAUAUACUUUACUAUUAUAAAUUAUUUAAUUUUGUUGAAUAAAGUAAGUUCCCAUUUAAAGUGUUGAUGCUAAAAACAGGGAGCAGAUGCCGAAUGGGAUAAGACAGUGCACCCUGUCUGUGUUUUCAGCUGACUUUUUCAUAAAUACUGAAAGGCAAACUCCCCAUUCCUCUGCUUUUGUUAAGAUUCCAGAGGAGGAGUUGAAACACCCAGGCUUGGUUUUUGUUCUGAGUGUGAAUUGCAGAUGGAUGAUUUGUGCAGAAAACUUGCUACUGUGUGUCCUGACAUAGCAG